AUGAAGGAGGAAGCCUUUCUCAGACGUCGAUUCUCUCUCUGCCCACCCUCGUCCACCCCUCAGAAAGUCGACCCCCGCAAACUCACCCGGAACCUGCUCCUCAGCCCAGAGAAUGAGCCCUACCCGCUCAGUCCAGGGAAGGACAUGGAGCCCAACGGCCAGGUGCUACCGAAGGAUGAAGGGCCGCCGACUCCAGGCUCCGCUACGAAGGUGCCUCCGGCAGACUACAGGCUGUGCAAUGGGUCUGACAAGGAAUCUGUGUCCCCAACUGCCAAGGUCACCAAGAAGGAGGUUCUCAAGGCGCAGAAGGAGAACUACCGGCAGGAGAAGAAGCGUGCCACCAGACAGCUGUUCAGUGCGCUGACCGACCCCAGCGUGGUGAUCAUGGCGGACAGCCUGAAGAUCCGAGGGACCCUGAAGAGCUGGACAAAGUUGUGGUGCGUGUUGAAGCCGGGGGUCCUGCUCAUCUACAAGAUGCCCGCGGUGGGUCAAUGGGUGGGCACCGUGCUUCUGCAUUGUUGCCAGCUCAUCGAGAGACCAUCCAAGAAGGAUGGCUUCUGCUUCAAGCUCUUCCACCCGCUGGACCAGUCUGUGUGGGCCGUGAAGGGUCCCAAAGGUGAGAGCGUGGGUUCCAUCACGCAGCCCCUCCCUAGCAGCUACCUGAUCUUCAGGGCCGCCUCCGAGUCUGAUGGCCGCUGCUGGCUAGACGCCCUGGAGCUAGCUCUGCGAUGUUCCAGCCUUCUUCGUCUCAGCACCUGCAAGCCGGGCUGUGAUGGAGAGCCCGGGUCUUCACCUGACACGUCCCGCUCUGCACACUAUAGGCUGCCCGGUCCAGCCGAUGUCCACCCUGACCAGGACCUGUCCCAACUGAACGGGUCUUCACUGGCCAACCACCUGGAGAAUGACGCAUUGUCUGACAAGUCAGAGAAGGAGAAUGCUGAGGAAUCGGAUACCGAGACCCAGGACCACAGCCGGAAGACCACCGAGAGCGGCAGUGACCAAUCAGAGCCUCAGAGCAGCCCGGCACCAAGGGGGACCACGUAUGAGGAGCAGGCCCCCGAGGAGCUGGGGGAGCUGGGUGAGUCUGAGCAGGUGGAGACGGUGUCAGAGGAGAAGAGGGGUCUGAUGUGGGUCUUGCUGCGGCAGCUGCGUCCGGGCAUGGACCUGUCCCGGGUCGUGCUGCCCACAUUCGUGCUGGAACCCCGCUCCUUCCUCAACAAAUUGUCUGACUACUACUACCAUGCUGACCUGCUGUCCAGGGCUGCGCUGGAGGAGAACGCCUACGGCCGCAUCAAGCAGGUGCUGCGCUGGUACCUGUCGGGCUUUUACAAGAAGCCCAAGGGCAUCAAGAAACCCUACAACCCCAUCCUCGGGGAGACUUUCCGCUGCCGCUGGUCCCACCCGCAGACCAACAGCUACACCUUCUACAUCGCAGAGCAGGUCUCCCACCACCCUCCUGUGUCCGCCUUCCACGUCAGCAACCGGAAGGAUGGCUUCUGUAUCAACGGCAGCAUCACCGCCAGGUCCAAGUUCUAUGGGAAUUCACUGUCAGCCUUACUGGAAGGCAAAGCCACACUCACCUUCCUGAACCGAGCGGAAGAUUACACCAUCACCAUGCCCUACGCCCACUGCAAAGGAAUCCUCUAUGGUACCAUGACCAUGGAGCUGGGCGGCAAAGUGACCAUCGAGUGUGAGAAGAAUAACCUCCAAGCUGAACUGGAGUUCAAGCUCAAGCCGUUUUUUGGAGGCAACGCGAACAUCAACCAGAUUUCAGGGAGGAUCACCGCAGGAGAUGAGGUGCUGGGAAGACUGUCGGGGCACUGGGACCGAGAAGUCUUCCUCAAAGAGGAGGGCAGCGGAGGUCCUGAGCUCUUCUGGAACCCGACCGGGGAUGUGCGCGCGAAGAGGCUGAUACGGCACACGGUGUUGGCGGAGGAACAAACAGAGCUGGAGUCGGAACGGCUCUGGCAACACGUCACUAGGGCCAUUGUCGACGGUGACCAGCACAGGGCCACACAGGAAAAAUUCAUCCUGGAGGAGGCGCAGCGGCGGAGGGCCCUCGAGCGCCAGCAGACUCUCACGCCCUGGACGCCGCGGCUGUUCCACCUGGACCCUGCCACCCAGGAGUGGCAGUACAGGCACGAGGACCGUAGCCCCUGGGACCCCGUGAAGGACGUCGUGCAAUUCGAGCAGGAUGGCAUCUUGCACACCCUGCGGAGGGCGGCCACGGUCCACCAGAGCCCCUUCCUACAAAGCCCGGGGCCCAGGCACAAGGGGUGUGACCCCGACCACCGACUCCGAAAGUCCAGCGACCAGCCCUCAGGCCACAGUCAGGCCACGGAGAGCUGCGGCUCCACGCCCGAGUCCUGCCCGGAGCUCUCCGACGACGAUGGCUACUCCGCUCCUGGCAGCGGGAGCAGGUGCCCGCGAUGCGGGAAGGAGGUGAGGCAGCUGCAGGCACUUCAGGAGGCGGUGCUGACCAUCCUGGAGGCGCAGCAGGAACUGCACAGGCAUCUCUCGACCAUGCUGCGCUGCACCUCGAGGACCUCGCUGCUGCCGACCCCUGGUCUCCUGCAGAACCCUCGCUCCUGGGUCCUUCUGUGUGUCCUUUUGGCUUGUCAGCUGUUCAUCAACUCUGUCUUCAAAUGA